AUGGUACGACAUGCACUGCACCUGCUGCAAUUGCUCGCUGCAACUGCCCAUACCCCCUCCCCCCGUGCGCUCUUCCUCUCCCCCCGUGCGCUCUUCCUCUCCCCCCGUGCGCUCUUCCUCUUCCAUUGUCAUCAAGCAGAGUGCUGGAUCUCUGUUCCUCACAUUUACAAGUGGAGGAAGGAGCACAGGAGGACAGUGAAGGCGGCCAUUGCCUACUUUGUGAACCGCGUGCAGGCCAUUGCACGACAGCUUGGGUGGACCACAACCGUUGUCUGGGAGGAGUCAUUUUUCAAUGUCAGGAGGCACCUCAACCCCGCAACCACCAUCGUGCAAAGCUGGCUGAAAACCGACCAGCUACCCAACAUGGCAGCAUGGGGUUUCCGCAUCAUCCACACAAACGCCGGGGGCGGGUGGUACCUGGACUCGUUACAGUCGCGCUGGGAGCAUGCUUAUAGAGAGGAUCCUGUCGACCUUGUGCUGCAGGUGGAGCGAGAGAGGAUGGAGAGCGAGGGGGACGUGGGGGGGACAUGCAGACACUGGGAGGAGGAGGAGGAGGAGGAGGAGGAGGAGGAGGAGGAGGAGGAGGAGGAGGAGGAGGAGGAGGAGGAGGAGGAGGAGGAGGUUGAAAGCAGGGAGGAGAGAGAAGAGGGGGGAGGGGAAGAGACACUGGGUCGAGAAGCAGGGAAGGAGCGUCGAGGGAAGCGAGGGGAGGAACGAGGGGGAGGAAUUGAGGGGGAGGGAAGAGACACUUCAGCAGGGAGUGGAGUGAGAAGAAAGGUCCUGGAGUGGCGAGGGGGAGAAAGGGAGGCAGGUGAGGAGGGAGAGAGGAGAGUGGAAGGAGGGAGGGGAGGUGAAGAAGAGAGGAGGGGGGAAGAAGGCGAGUUGAGAAGGGAAGAGGAGAAGAGGAGAAGGGACGUGGACGAGAGGAUUAAGGAAGAGGAGAAGAGGAGGCAGUGGGGGGAGGUGGAGCAGUUGGCAGAGAGAGUGGUGGUGGGGGGGGAUGUGUGCGCGUGGAGUGAGCGAAUCGACCCCUCACAGCUCAUGGCUACUGUCUGGCCGCGUGCUGCUGCCAUGGCAGGUGAGGUGGUGCCAUGGCAGCACGCGGACUCUACUGCGCUCCGCUGGGAGUUCAACGCAAUCAGCGACCCUGACGCACGACGAACAAGGAGACACUGCGCAUUCAGCAUGGCGUCGCAAAAGUUCGCGCUUCUACUACUUUUCGCCAGUCUUGCUCUUCUUGCGCCGACACUGAAAGGGUGGCGAAUAAUUUGCGUGGGGUUCGGUUACGGUAACCCCGCCGACCCGUGGGGCCCUACCGUGAAUAAGUACAAAGCUGGAGCCGUACACCCAUUCGAUGUAGUCAUGUUCCGGUGGAUGACGGGCCAGGUGCACAGCGUGUAUAUGUUGGAGGACCCGGUCAAAUACGCCACGUGCAACGUCAAGGGCACCAAGGAGCUCUUCCGGCCGUCCGGCGCGGGGCACGUGCUGUGGAUCCCGCAGCCCAGCGACCUGGGGAAGACGUUCUACUUCGUGAGCAAGGGCAACGACUGCCUCAACGGCAUGAAGGCCGUCCUCAAGAUCACGUGA